AUGUUGGUUGAUAAAAUUAAAUUUCAUCCAGUUUUUUAUUCUAAUUCAAAUAAUAAUCAAACAGAUAUUGCUAUACAACUUGCAGUUGUAUUAUAUCGACUUGGAUCAAAUGCUUCUCUUUGGACCAUUGCAACUUUAUUUGGAAAAUUUCAUAAAGGAUUUGAAAAUUUUGGAUUUCCAAUGGUAAUUGGAGCAAUUGAUGGUUCUCAUAUACCAUUAAUGGAAGCACCAAGUAAAAUUAAUAAAGAUAUAUAUAUCUCUUGUAAACAUCAAUAUACUAUUCAUUUGCAAGCUAUUGUUGACCAUAAAGGACAUUUUACUUGUUAUGAAAUAGGUUGGCCUGCAUCAGUUCAUAAUACAAAAGUUUUUAAAUAUUCAUAUAUAUAUAAAAAUAAUAAUCUUUUUAUUAAGGAUAAAGAUUAUUUAUUAAAUGACUCUGCAUAUCCCUUAUUACCAUGGAUUAUAACACCUUUUAAGAAUCCACAAGGUUCAAAUAUACAAUAA